AUGGCCGACCCUUUCGAAGUCCGCAUGCGUUUCACCUCUCAACUCCAGCACCUCAAUGCCUCAGUCAACUCUUCCCAGAAAGCCGCUCACUAUGCCCUCAAAUACAGGGACAUGGACGAGGACCUGCAUUCAUGCAUCUUGGAGCAGCUAGAACGAAAUUCUAUGAACAACCGUGCAAAUAUAAUGUACUUCAUCGAGCACCUCUGCGACAUGGCUCAGCGCGAAAACCACCUCGACUUCGUGCGCAUGAUGCAAAGAGAUAUACUACGUGUGGUGGAUGCUGUUGCACCCAGUGACGGUUCUGGAGCUGCGAACGUUAAGGUGGUGCGGAGGGUACUGGCAGGCCUCCAACAGAAAACCGUCCUCCUUCCCGAAACGGUCCUCGAAAUCGAAGCAGGCCUUGCCGAACGCGACGACUUGACCAAAGACACCCACUCCGCCCUCUCCCCCGUCUCGCCCAACUCGCAACAUCCACCGCCAUCGGAAUGCCACACCACAGCACACCCUGCCAAACGCUUAGAUAAGAGGCAGAUCGAGCAGCGCAUAGAAGAGGACCGGGAGAGGCAUAAGAGGCUGAGGGAGAGCAUUUGGGCGGUCGGAGAGGAUGGGGAUGGAGAGUUCGAGAGGCUGUGGGACGAGGCGAGUGAGAUUGGGGAGGAUGAUUGGGGAGUGGCGGAGGAGGAUUCGAUGGAGAGGAGAAUAGCGGGGGAAGUGGAGUGA